AUGUCGAUGCGCAUCGUCCCAUCCCACUCCAACGCCGACUCCUUCGCCCACACGUCGCACACCUCGUCCGCUCCCUCGGCGCCCGGGAUCCACGACACCCUCCGCCACGGCGUCGGCCCCUCCGUCUACGAUGCCCAAGCCAGCAAGCCUUCGUCCGCGCACCCCCUGGAAGCCCGCCUCAAGAACUGGGAGGCCACCCAGGAAGCCGUCCGCAUGGAAACCCUCCGUCGCACGUUUGGCAUCGCCGAGCCCGUGCGGCGGGGCAUGGAGCUCAAGAUCGUGAGAGACGGCGAGUGGAGACCCCUGGCGCUGGGUACCAGCCUGCCCAGCGUGCACGAGGACAUCUUGAGAGGAAAGGAGGACAUGAUUACUUGGGAGGACGUGUUUGCCGGUGAUGAGACGAGAGGGAUGGCUGGGUUCCAUGACGAGAUGGAGAAGAAGCUCAAGAUGCACUAG